CGGGGGUGUGCGAGCGCUGGGCGCCUCGCCUUCCAGCCUUGGGAGUAGUGGGCGCCCGCCAGGCCGCGCGGGGAGGAAGGCCUGGGGCUACAGGACACUCCAGUCACUCUGGGGCCGUCGCCACUUUCCUUUUUACCAAAGCAAUCGGCGGAGAGAUUAUGAUGCAUGAUUAUCACAGAAGAAAUUCAUGUCUAUAGCUUUUAAGGACUUGAUUACAUCAUUUCAAGCCUGAUAGUUUUGGAAUCACCAUUAGAGCUUAAGACACCUCUGCCUUCACUUCAACCACCCGUCUUCAUACUUUGAAGAAGUGCUGAGUUUUAACACUCCUUUGUCCUUGGAUUAUUUAAGACAUCUCAGAAAUACAUUUCUCACCAGUUCAGUAGCCAAAUUUGUAAGGAAAAAUGAUUCCCAAUGGAUAUUUAAUGUUUGAAGACGAAAACUUUAUUGAGUCUUCUGUUGCCAAAUUAAAUGCCCUGAGGAAAAGUGGCCAGUUCUGUGAUGUUCGACUUCAGGUCUGUGGCCAUGAGAUGUUAGCACACAGAGCAGUUCUGGCUUGCUGCAGUCCCUACUUAUUUGAAAUCUUUAAUAGUGAUAGUGAUCCUCAUGGAAUUUCUCAUGUUAAAUUUGAUGAUCUCAAUCCAGAAGCUGUUGAAGUCUUACUGAAUUAUGCCUACACUGCUCAGUUGAAAGCCGAUAAGGAAUUAGUGAAAGAUGUUUAUUCUGCAGCAAAAAAGCUGAAGAUGGACCGAGUAAAGCAGGUUUGUGGUGAUUAUUUGCUAUCUAGAAUGGAUGUUACCAGCUGCAUCUCUUACCGAAAUUUUGCAAGUUGUAUGGGAGACACCCGUUUGUUGAAUAAAGUUGAUGCCUAUAUUCAGGAGCAUCUGUUACAAAUUUCAGAAGAGGAAGAGUUUCUUAAACUUCCACGGCUAAAGUUGGAGGUAAUGCUUGAAGAUAAUGUUUGCUUGCCCAGCAAUGGCAAAUUGUAUACAAAGGUAAUCAACUGGGUGCAGCGUAGCAUCUGGGAGAAUGGAGACAGUCUGGAAGAGCUGAUGGAAGAGGUUCAAACCUUGUACUACUCAGCUGAUCACAAGCUGCUUGAUGGGAACCUACUAGAUGGACAGGCUGAGGUGUUUGGCAGUGAUGAUGACCACAUUCAGUUUGUGCAGAAAAAGCCACCACGUGAGAAUGGCCAUAAGCCGAUAAGUAGCAGUUCCACUGGAUGUCUCUCUUCUCCAAAUGCUACAGUACAAAGCCCUAAGCAUGAAUGGAAAAUCGUUGCUUCGGAAAAGACUUCAAAUAACACUUACUUGUGCCUGGCUGUGCUGGAUGGUAUAUUCUGUGUAAUUUUCCUUCACGGGCGAAACAGCCCACAGAGCUCACCAACAAGUACUCCAAAACUAAUUAAAAGUUUAAGCUUUGAGAUGCAACCAGAUGAGCUGAUAGAGAAGCCCAUGUCUCCCAUGCAGUAUGCGCGGUCUGGUCUGGGGACAGCAGAGAUGAAUGGCAAGCUCAUAGCAGCAGGUGGCUAUAACAGAGAGGAAUGUCUUCGAACAGUUGAAUGCUAUGAUCCACGUACAGAUCACUGGUCCUUUCUUGCUCCCAUGAGAACACCAAGAGCUCGAUUUCAGAUGGCUGUACUCAUGGGCCAGCUCUAUGUGGUAGGUGGAUCAAAUGGCCAUUCGGAUGACCUGAGUUGUGGAGAGAUGUAUGAUCCAAACAUAGAUGACUGGAUUCCUGUUCCAGAAUUGAGAACUAACCGUUGUAACGCAGGAGUAUGCGCUCUGAAUGGGAAAUUAUACAUUGUUGGUGGCUCUGAUCCAUAUGGUCAAAAAGGACUGAAAAACUGUGAUGUAUUUGAUCCUAUAACAAAGUCAUGGACAAGCUGUGCUCCUCUUAACAUUCGUAGACACCAGUCUGCAGUCUGUGAGCUUGGUGGUUUUUUGUACAUAAUCGGAGGUGCAGAGUCUUGGAAUUGUCUGAACACAGUAGAACGUUACAAUCCUGAAAAUAACACCUGGACCUUAAUUGCACCCAUGAACGUGGCAAGGCGAGGAGCUGGUGUAGCUGUUCUUGAUGGAAAAUUGUUUGUAGGUGGUGGCUUUGAUGGUUCUCAUGCCAUCAGUUGUGUGGAGAUGUAUGACCCAACUAGAAAUGAAUGGAAGAUGAUGGGAAACAUGACUUCACCAAGGAGCAACGCUGGGAUUACAACUGUAGGGAACACCAUUUAUGCAGUGGGAGGCUUUGAUGGCAAUGAAUUUCUGAAUACGGUGGAAGUCUAUAACUUUGAGUCAAAUGAGUGGAGCCCCUAUACAAAGAUUUUCCAGUUUUAACAAACUAACAGGCUUAGUGAUGUAAUUGUGUUUAGUAGAGGUACACUUGUGAAUAAGGAGGGUGGGUGGGUAUAGAUGUUGCUAACAGCAACACAAAGCUUUUGCAUAUUGCAUAUUAUUAAACAUGCUGUACAUACUUUUUGUGUUUAUUGGGAAAGGAAUGCAAAGAUGAAGGUCUGUUUUGUGUAUUUUUAGGACUACUUUGGUUAUUUUACUUUUUGGAAGUUGAUAUUGUAAAAGAAUAAACCAAGACUUGAUCGGGCAUGUCGUUUCAAGAAGUCCCCUCUCCUCCACAUUUGUUUUGCCAAUUUGCACAUUAAUGACUCUUCCCUCAAACAUGUAUUAUGGGGCAAGAGGGUAAGGUUUAAGAUCGAGGCAGUUGGGUUUUUUAAGGGCCCUUUUUCAAUAACUGGAACACUAUACAAAAGAGACUUAUUUAACUAGAUGACAAUGACUAUUUUUGUUUUUAUUAAAAGAAAGCUGACAUGCCUACCAAGAUUUAAUCUUUUAUGAUUGCCUUUUUAUAACUUUUUAUAUUCUCAGCACAGUGCUUUACAUAUUGAAGAUGUGGCAGAUUCAAAUUACUGAAGCAGACUGGCGGUCUUAAAGGAUGCAGGGUGAGGGGUUUCUGUUGUACACCCAGAAUGCAAACUUAAAAGCUUUUGCCUCAGUUACUGGUUGUUUUUUUUUUUUUUGAGAAUACAGUACUGAUGUUUAUUUGAAUGGAGUUGCUGAACAGUAACAUAGCUGUGAUUUUUAUUUGAAACACUGAUUUCACAUACUUUGACUUCUUGAGGGUAUAUUUUAUAUAGCAAGACAUUUAAUAUAUAAGAACGGUGAAGUACUUUAUUUUCUAAAUAAUUCCUGUCUUUAUUUAUCAUUAACAAAACAAUCCUAAAUAGCAGCCCUCGAUUGUGGAAGAAAAUUAAACUGUAUUGGGUUUAAGAAUUCAGCAUUUAUCAGAACUAUGUUUUUGUUCAGUUUUUCUAUUCACAUGGAUAAAUACUGGUUGGGGUGACUUUAUCGAAUGUGUAGUGCUACACAUAUAACUGAUGGUGCCAAAAUUAGCACAUCCUAAUGCUUGCUGCCGAUGCAAACAUAUUAAAGGUACUUUGCAGGAAA